GCUGUGAGGGUGAAGCACAAAGCACAACCGAAAGGUCCCCCCAACAAUAGCAACGAUGCCACCAACAUUCCCGAACUUCUCCAACUCAGUGAAGCUCAAGUAUGUUAAACGUGGCUACCAAUGCCUAGUGAAUCACUUCCUUACCUUCCUUCUCAUCCCUCUCAUGGCUGGAAUCCUCCUUCAAGUCCUCCGGGUGGGCCCAGAAGAGAUCCUAAACCUCUUGUCUUCUCUCCAAUUCGACCUCGUCCACGUCCUCUGCUCAACAUUCCUCAUCUUCCUCAUCGCUACCAUUUACUUCAUGUUCAGGCCUAGACCCAUUUACCUCGUAGACUAUGCUUGUUUGAAGCCACCUAACAUUUGUCGUGUUCCCUUCUCCACCUUCAUGGAACAUUCAAAACUCAUCAACAAAGAUAACCCUAAAAGCAUCGAAUUCCAAAUGCGGAUCCUUGGACGAUCCGGACUCGGCGAGGAAACGUCUCUUCCACCCGCGAUUCAUUACAUCCCUCCAACACCAACCAUGGAAGCUGCAAGAGGUGAAGCCGAGUUAAUCAUCUUUUCUGCUAUUGAUAAUCUCUUCAAGAAGACCGGAAUCAAGGCGAAUGACAUCGAUAUACUCGUCGUGAAUUGUAGCUUGUUCUCGCCAACACCGUCGUUGUCGGCCAUGGUGGUGAACAAGUACAAGAUGAGAAGCAACAUUAGAAGCUUCAAUUUGUCUGGAAUGGGUUGUAGUGCUGGGCUUAUAUCGGUGGAUCUCGCUCGUGACCUUCUUCAGGUUCACCCUAAUUCGUUUGCUUUGGUUGUGAGUGCUGAGAUAAUAACCCCUAAUUAUUAUAAAGGGAACAACAGAGGUAUGCUUGUGCCCAAUUGUUUAUUCCGUAUGGGGAGCGCAGCAAUCCUCCUCUCGAACCGCAGGAAGGAUUCGUGGCGCGCCAAGUACCGGCUCGUCCACCUGGUCCGAACCCACAAGGGAGCCGAUGACAAGGCUUACCGGUGCGUGUUCGUGGAGGAGGAUGCAGAAGGUAAGGUCGGGACUUCGCUUUCGAAGGAUCUAAUGGCGGUUGCCGGUGAAGCACUGAAGUCGAACAUCACAACGAUCGGGCCGUUGGUGUUGCCGGCAUCGGAGCAGCUACUCUUCCUCUUGACCCUCAUCAGAAAGAAGCUCUUCGACCCAAAGUUGAAGCCUUAUAUUCCCGAUUUCAAGCAGGCAUUCGAGCACUUCUGCAUCCAUGCCGGAGGGAGAGGUGUGAUAGAUGAGUUGCAGAAGAACCUCCAGCUGUCGGCAGAGCAUGUGGAAGCAUCAAGAAUGACAUUGCACCGGUUUGGAAACACGUCAUCAUCGUCUCUAUGGUAUGAAUUGGCAUAUAUUGAGGCUAAAGGGAGGAUAAAGAAGGGAGAUAAGGUCUGGCAGAUCGCGUUUGGAAGUGGGUUUAAGUGUAACAGUGCUGUUUGGAAGUGCAACCGUAGCAUUAAAGCUCCAACUGAUGGUCCUUGGGUUGAUUGCAUCGACAGGUACCCUGUGGACAUCGCUGAGGUCCUCACGCUAUAGAGUUUGAUUCUUGUGCAGAAAUUCACUGCACCCACUAAGCUUCUUUCUAAAAUUUCUCUUUCUUCUCAUCAUAAACCCAUCAAGCUAAGGCUGCUAAGGUAAGAUAGAGAUCAGAAUAUCCUCAUUUUCUUCUUAUUCUCCUAUCCGAUAUACAUGAGGAGG